CAUACAUGAUGGCAACAACACAGUGACACCCUCCUGCAAGAGACAUAAAUACAGGAACAAGGUCAUACAUCCUGCUAUUCCUUCCUCCUGAACUUAAUCCAUUCAUACAUCUGACUGAUUUCAUGCUACAGAAAAAAGGAGGAAGGUGAAAAGAGGAAGCAGCUGAUUUCCUGAAUCUUGAAACUUUCCUUGCUGUGGUCAUUCAGUUUUUUUCUUCUCAUUCUUAACCAACACCAAACCCACAACUGUUUUUAAUAGCGCAUAAAAAGAACCUUUUUUUCAUACUACAAAAAAAAUCCACCAAACUGAUUCAUCAUUUUGUUAAGACGGACAUGAAUUACACUAAAAUGGUAUCAGAGCAAAAGGAAAACUUCACCACCACAGUUUUAAACUUCACAACCCCAGUCCCUGGUGGUGGUAGAGGCGGUGGCUGCCCACCAGUCGGUAUUCAACUGGAGGGUGUGAUCCUGCCACCAGUCCUCACCAUUGAUGUCAUACUGGGGCUGCUGGGAAACAUCGUCGCCCUGUGGAUCUUCUGCUUUAAACUGAAAGCCUGGAACCCCAACAACCUGUUCCUCUUCAACCUGGUCAUCGCCGACUUCCUCUCUCUCGUGAGUCUGCCACUGAGGAUUGAUUCCUUGCUCAGGGGCCACUGGGUGUUUGGAGAUGGCCUGUGCCGUCUCAACCUCUUCCUGAUGUUUUCCAACCGCUCGGCCAGCAUUGCGCUGAUGACCGUGGUGGCAAUUUACCGCUACUUUAAGGUGGUCCACCCUCACCACAGGUUCAACUGUAUGACCAAGCGACAGGCUGCAUACGUGUCGGUGUUCGUCUGGCUGCUGGUGAUCAGUCCCCGGGUUCCCAUGCUGGCCUACAGCCACAUCAAGGGCAGCGGCAAUGGCACCCAGUGCUUCUUCUUCACUUCUUACAAAGAGGCGUCCCGCGGCAUCAUCGUCCUGGUGGGCAUGCACCGGAUCCUGACGGUGCUGGAGUUCGUCAUCCCACUGGCCAUGCUGCUGUUCUGUUCCAUCCGGAUCUCCAGCUUUCUGAAGGAGCGGCAGAUGGGCAAACCAGACAAGGUGCGCAAGGCGAUGCGAGUGUGCGCCGCCAUCGUCGCCGUGUUCAUGGUGUGCUUCCUGCCCACAACGGUGACGACCAUUGGGGUGUGGGUGAUCCGCUCAUACCGCCCAUGGGAUUGCACGGCCUUCUACACCUUCACCCAGCUCACCAUCGUGUCUUUUGGGCUGAACUUCCUGAAUUCGGCUUUGGACCCCAUUGUCUACAUCUUCUCCAGCUCCAUGUUCAAGAAGGCCCUUUUCAGCUCGCUGCCCCGUGCCCUUUGCUGUGGUCAGGGCGGCGAUGACACCGAGUACUCGUCAGGAACUCAGUCAACCUCCCAACAGGAACUAAAAUCCAUGAGGGCCAGCAGAGGGAGUGAAGCCAUGUGAUAAGCUCUUCCUAGUACUUUCCUGGUUUCAUCUGCUUUUGUAUUUAUUUAUUAUUUGAUACUGUUGAAGCCAUGAUUACAUCAUACAUUUUCAAUUAUGAUCAUAUGUUGCAUUUGCAUGUAAAUAUACUUAAACAACAGAUACAAAUGUGGGUUUUAAUUAUAUGUAUUCAUUGAUUCUCUUCAAUUCUGGACUAAAAUGUUCCUUCAUGUUGAGGAACUGAAAGUAUCACAUACAUAUUCAUGCUUUUUAUUUAAGCCUCAUGAUGAUUUUAGACACAUGUAC